AUAGCAGUAGGCUAAAAUCUCGUCUCGCCCCAUGGCCAACUUGGCAUACCUUGACAAAGUCCGCAACGCCGCAGAAGAUGCGUACGGACAAAUUCCGGAAGAUAUUCAAGCUUAUUUGGGAAGCAGCGGAAUCACAACCGCGGAAUUGGCGUAAGAUUUUCAAAGCUCUAAUGUUAUGCGAGUAUCUAGUCAAAAAUGGAUGCGAGCGCUGUGUGGAUGAGAUUCGUGACCAUACCUUUCACAUUCGACAGCUGCAGGAUUUCAAUUAUUACGAGGAGAAGCUUGACAGAGGUCAGGGCGUGCGAGAAAAAUCCAAACAACUAGUUGACCUACUUACCGACAGUAACGUCAUACGCGAUGCGAGGGAGAAUGCUAAGCGACUUCGCGACAAAUUUGUAGGCCAUGGUUCUGGAAAUAGAUAUCAAGGUGGCGGUCCAUCUUUAGGUCAAUCCUCAUAUAGCAGUGGUGGCUACUCUGAUAAUGGGGGGAUUUCAGGCCGGUCUUCAGAUGCCACCACCUUACCAUACUCAACUGCUGGUAGCUACUCAGACGCCCCAGGUCGUUACGAAUGUGAGCCAAAGGCUGAAGCUACCUGUGAUCUGGCCCCCUUGCGGAUCAAACCCAAGAUUAAGACUGUGCCUUGCAUUAAGAUGAGGUCCGAUGCUUUCAAAGACAAGUCUGUGGCCGAGAAACCAUCCAUGUCUUCGGAAUCCACCGACGACACAUUUACAAAUGUCAAUUCUGAGCUGACAGCAUUUUCCGAACUCGGUGCGUUUACCGCGCCUAGGGUGGACCCAAACUUCCAGGAGACUGCCUUUGAUCCCCGUGGAGUAGAAUCAGAACUAUCACCGCAAAUUUCAGCGCUGUCCGGACAGGUAGGAUCGUUCCAUGUCGAGCAAACUCCUCCCCCGUAUCCGCCUAAGCUUAGCAUGAUGCCACCCCAGCUUGACUUUCCAGCAAACUGUGGAAUGCCGCCUUCUUUCCACAGUCUUACAUUGCCAAACGCAUCAUACACGGACGAUUUUGGUGAUUUUGCAACAGGCCCGCAAAUCGCAGCGUCAACGUCGAAGUCCAUGGAUACUGUGGGUUCCCUGUGCUCACUUGACUCCCUUUCAUUGAAUGCGUCUGUCGCCCCGCCAUCCUCACAGUCAAGUUGCUAUGGUGGUGGUGGGGGUCUUAACGAUGCUGAUAAGCAAGCAUAUGCCAACCACAGCGCAUUCACUGGCCUUGAUGGGUUUUCUACGGCCCCCCAGCCUAUGCGCCCUGGUGUAAUGCCACAGACAAUCGGCAACGCUCCCACAGCCUAUACUCAGUCCGCAACCAUGGCUACCUCAGGUCAAUUACUCCCCACAAAAAAUGCAAAUACCACAAGUUCCUCCAAAUACGCAAGCUUGGUAAAUAUUUGUAUUUUGCUACGCGCCACCUCUGAUGCAACUACCAUCAGCGCACACGUCGGAGUCUAGAUCAACAUCCACGAUGCGAGGCCACCCCCAUCUUUGGCAACUCGAACCCCCCGGGGGUGGGCUAUUGACGUGGCGGCCCCUGGGCUGUUUCGAAAAGCAUGGUCCCUUAACCACCACCACCCCAGCUUCUACCCGGACUCGGGCGCACACACGUAUACCUGCGGCUUAAUGGAGGGCUCCGUUCGCGGUCACGACGGUCGACCUAACUAUGCUUCUGUGGUGUCCCCUGCAGUGCCAGGCCAGCGUACACAUCCGCGCACGCGUCGGCCGUGGACUCUCCGCCCCCGUCCGUUGUGAGGACGAGCGGGCGUACGCUGCGUGUGCAGAGAACCUAGCACAGUCAGGGGGGAUAGCGACGUAACUAAUAGAGGGGGG